AUGACGAUGCUCGUGCCUCCUACUAACUAUCGAAUUCCCAUCUGGGCAGAACAAACAUCACAAGAAAUUUAUGGAAAUGUCGUCAAAAUGUACAAACUAACUGAACAAUUUCCAUCUGACCCUGGUUUCCGCAUUCGCCUGCAUGAAUUGCGCAAUGAUUUCUUUAAAAAACGGGAUCAAGAACUUGAAGCAAGAGAGAAAAUUGAAGAAGAAAGACGGAAAAAAGCAGCUACUAAGGCACAAGCUGAAAAAGAGGCUGAAAGAGAUAGGAAAUUAGAAUUGAACUGGCAAAGAUUCAUGGAAGGAUACAUAUUUGUAGGGCCAGAAAAACAAGCUGAAGAAGAAGAAACACGGCAGAAAGAGGCCAAAAAAAUUGCCAGAAAAGAAGCUGAACUUGAAGAUGGAGAAAGAUGGCAAAAUGACAAUGUCGUGUCAUCG